AGGUAUUAAUUGUGAGUGUGCAGUGAUUGACAUUUUUUUAUUUAUACAUGAACUUGGAAAAAAAUGAACUCGAAACAUUUGAAAUAGUGACCUGUUAAGUGGAGAACUUGGGAGCUGACGGAUUUAAUUUAGUGUAGAAAAAUUCUGAUCUCGUUCCAUUGGUAAUUUACAUUAACUUGUCCCGCGGACUCGUUGAACAGUGGGUAGACUUUGUGCAUCGUUCUAGGGUUGAUUUGGGGAUCAAGCAUCGGCCCACGAGCGAUCUCUGUUGACAAAGCGUUGAUACGUCACCGGACCAUCUUCUCCUAGCGGUGCUCCGUUCACAAUUUCAUAGUUUCAUCUUUCAACGGCGAGUUAUCUUCACUCUUCUUCAACCGUCGUCCGUUUGCAGGCUGACGAGGUAUGCCACUCUUCGGCUCGAAGAAGGAUAAAGAAGCGGCAUCGUCCAAGCGAUCAACCAAGAAGGAAGAGAAAGAACAGAAAACGCCCACCAUGCAGGAUAAAUACAUUCUCAAGGACCUCCUCGGAACAGGGGCGUUCUCGCAGGUGCGGCUGGCUGAGGUGCGUGACGACCCGUCCCGUAUGUGCGCUAUUAAAAUCAUCGACAAGAAGGCGCUCAAGGGGAAGGAGGACUCGCUAGACAACGAGAUCACCGUGCUCAGGAGGCUGACACACGCCAACAUAGUGCAGCUUUUAGAAACAUUUGAAGACAAACUCAAAGUCUAUUUGGUAAUGGAAUUGGUGACUGGCGGCGAACUCUUCGACCGGAUUGUCGAGAAAGGCUCGUACACAGAAAAGGACGCCGCUGAUCUCAUCCGCCAAGUGCUCGAGGCGGUCGACUACAUGCACGAACAGGGAGUCGUUCACAGAGACCUCAAGCCGGAGAACCUGCUGUACUACAGCCAGGACGAGGAGAGCAAGAUCAUGAUCAGCGACUUCGGGCUCAGCAAACUAGAGGACUCUGGUAUCAUGGCUACGGCGUGCGGCACUCCGGGCUAUGUUGCUCCCGAAGUGCUCGCUCAGAAGCCGUACGGCAAGGCGGUUGACGUCUGGAGCAUCGGCGUCAUCGCCUACAUCCUCCUGUGCGGUUACCCGCCAUUCUAUGAUGAGAACGAUGCCAACCUCUUCGCCCAGAUCCUCAAGGGCGAGUUUGAGUUUGACUCUCCGUACUGGGACGAGAUCAGUGACAGUGCCAAAGACUUUAUCCGUCAGCUGUUGUGCGUUAACGUCGAGAAGCGCUAUACCUGCAAGCAGUCGCUCCAGCACCCCUGGAUCUCGGGCAAUGCUGCGAGCGACCGCAACAUUCACAGCUCCGUGUCCGAGCAACUCAAGAAGAACUUUGCUAAGAGCAGGUGGAAGCAAGCGUACAACGCGACAGCGGUCAUCAGACAGAUGAGAAGACUGGCCCUCGUGUCGGCCAAAGGGAGAAAACUGAAUGAGUCUCAGGACCAGGCCAGCGGCGGCAGCAGCAUCGAGGGCGGCGCGCAGGCGACCAGCGCCGACGGUGCGCCAGAGUCAGAAGGAAGCUCGACUGUUGGCGCCUCGUCCUCUGCCAACGCGACAGACGCUACAGAAACAGCGGCAACUUCAGCAGCUCCUGGAGAGUGCGAAUCCUCCGGGGCAAACAGCAGAUCAAACGGCAACAGCAAUUGUAGUGCAACUCUAAAUGACAGUAGUAGUUUAAGUACCCAAGCGAAUUGUGCUAGUGCUGCUAAGGCUGAUUCAACUCGAUCUCCAGCGAGCACCAGAGAAACUAAAGCUCCAUAGUUACUGCUAGACUUCAAUGUGUUACUGCUAGAUAGCUUAAAAAAUGCUUAGCUAUGUAGUGAGUUUUAUCAUGUUAUCGAAUAUUGAUGGUAAAGCUUAGAACUUCUCUUUAUGAGGAGAUUUCGUUCGUCGUUUUCUUGCCGGGUUACGGUACGCAGUCUCUGUAGUAGGCUCGAUUGUCCCUUCAGUUGGAUCCUCUUUUGAGGAGCAUUUUACGUUGCCCUCUCUCAAUAACAAUAAUAUCUCGGAUAUAAAGGAACACUUUCGGUUGGAAAGAGGCUUUUUUUCUUUAUUUAACUUCAAUAAUAAUGUUAAUAGUAAUAUAUCCCAAUAAGGGUUCAUUUUGAACCUACAUAGCAGUAUACCGGAUCGUCUCGACUUAACAACUACAUUGUUCUCGUUUCCGAUGCAAGCACAACAGCUACGAGAUUAUUUGGUGCAAUUUCAAGGCUAGAAUAUGAACAUAUUAAUCCAGAUAAUACCGCUUUAUGCUGCGUCCAGAUAUAGUUCAUCAUCUCGUUUUUAACGUGAUAUCCUUACAAUUAUUUAAAGGAAAUACACUCUUAAUUGGUAAAGCAUUUUUUAUUUUAAUUUACUAAAGCUAGCUGCGUGGUGCUGGACAAAUUACGUCAACGAUGUUUUCUCCAACGACGUUAUCAUAUACUACAGAAUUUAAUACUUCAUUGAGAUGAAAGGCGAUUACAUAUGUUAAUGACAUUACAUUUCGGGUUUGGUCAUAAUUCCCGUUGCCCCGGAAUAGACAAUUGCAAAGCGCACUCGAUCUCUUCUCCCGACUAAAUGCUUGAAUAUUUUCCGUACACACUAGCUCGCUACUUCUAUUUUAUCAAUAACUUAUAAAGUGAAUAAACAAGUUUUACAACUGCUAUUCUUCUGAACACUGCGGGAUUUACUAUGUCUGACACUCCUAUUUUUCCGAACCUAUGUCUGACACAUAAGUUUUAGAUGUUAAUUAUUUUAUUCCCUUAAAGUCCUUUGUUUUUGCGAUAUUUAAUUAACUCAAGGGUGUUUUGAUUUGUUUCCUCGUUCACAUGUGAGGAUAGUAAUAAAUUCCCCGUUCAUUUUUAGCGCAUUUUCUCAUUUAUGGAAAAAGUCGCCAUUGUUCUUG